AUGGCAGAAAUGAACGGUCCAGACAGGAAUGGUUUCCUUUGUAUUUGCAUCUUUACAAUAACUUUCUGGAACAAUACCUAUACCUCUGCAGAAAAUGGAUUUAAAGCAAACUACUCCAAGAGUGGCUUAGAUGCUGUUCCUAAGAAUCUUCCAGCACAAAUGACAGACUUGGAUUUGUCAUACAACAGUAUCUCUGAACUUCAGAUUUCUGAUUUUAGUUCUCUUUCCAAACUCAGGGUACUAAAUCUUUCUCAUAACCUGAUUAGAGAGCUUGACUUCAGCAUUUUCCAAUACAAUAAAGACUUAGAACUUCUGGAUCUAUCCCACAACAAACUGCAGACUCUUUCUUGCAUUCCUGUUACAAGUCUCAGGCAUCUAGAUCUCUCUUACAAUAACUUCAUGGAGAUGCCCACCUGCCAGGCGUUUGGCAAAAUGGUGAAGCUGGAAUAUCUUGGCCUCAGCGCUAGAAGAAUACAGAAAUCAGAUUUCAGAGUUCUUGCUAAUUUACAACUGGAUACUCUCUUCUUGGGCUUAGAACACCUCACUGAAUCUGUCCCUGGAAGUCUUCCAGCAUUUAACACAAAGAAGCUUCGGAUUGCACUCCCUGAAAAUUCAGAAUUUGUGUCUCUAGAACUCAAUGUUACUGAAAGCUUAGAACUUUCAAAUAUCCAAGGUAAGCAAGUCAGUGACUUGAUAACAUUUUUGUCACAACCCAGCAAAAAUGGGAAAUUGCUAAACUUAACAUUGAAUAAUAUACAACUAUCCUGGCUAAGCCUCACAGCUAUUCUUCAGAAGGUGUGGGAAUCCUCCAUUGAAUAUUUCAACAUCAACUAUGUGAACAUUUUAAUAUUUGAAGACACAAGUCAAUCUCUCAAUUACGUUGAUACCUCACUAAAAGCAUUGACAAUUAAACAUGCUGUUGCAGUUUCAGAGAUGUUUAACCAGGAGGAUGUGUACAGAACAUUUUCAGAAAUGAAUAUUGCAUCAUUGACAAUUUCUCAUUCGGGGAUACUAAUCAUGUUUUGUCCUUUAAAACCCAGUGAUUUUACUUAUUUAAGUUUUUCACAUAAUUCAUUGACUGACAAAGUUUUUGAAAAUUGCAAGAACUUAGCCCUCCUAGAAACACUCAUUUUACAAAACAAUCAACUUAAACAACUUGCCAAAAUGAGUUUAAUGACAAGUCGCAUGAACUCACUGAAACACUUGGACUUGAGUCAGAAUUUGUUGCAAUACGAAGAUAACAUGAAUGACUGCCACUGGGGUAAAAAUAUGAUUAAAUUGAAUUUGGCGUCUAAUCAAUUGUCGGAGUCAGUAUUUAGAUGUUUACCAGCAAAUAUUCAAAUUCUUCAUCUUCAAAACAAUCCCAUUUCAAGCAUUCCCAAAGAGAUUACUGAGCUGACGGCUUUAGAAGAAAUAAAUUUGGCAUCCAAUAAACUAGCUAGUCUGCCUGGAUGUGGUCAGUUUAGAAAUCUGAGGUUCCUGAAUAUAGAAAUGAACUCUGUUGUCUCACCAUCUUCUGAAUUCUACCAGACGUGUCAAGGCAUCAAACAGCUAAAAGCAGGACACAAUCCAUUCACAUGUACCUGUGAAUUAAGACAGUUCAUCAGUCUUCAAAAGCAAGGAUCUAUGGAGUUGGUUGGUUGGCCUGACGCUUAUGCGUGUGAGUACCCAGACUACUUAAGGGGGACCUUUCUAAGGGACUUUCACGUCUCUGAAGUUGUUUGCAACGUGAGUCUUCUGAUCACGAUAGUUAUAAUUAUUACCGUGGUCUUAGUAGCCACUGUUUCCUUCCUCUGCAUCCGUUUUGACGUUCCAUGGUAUUUGAAGAUGAUGUGGAAGUGGACUCAAGCAAAACAGAGGAUUCGGAAGAGUAAUCCUGAAGACAUGCUCCCCAACAUAGAGUUCCAUGCUUUUAUCUCCUACAGUGAGCAUGAUUCUGAGUGGGUGAAAAACGUAUUGAUUCCAAACUUGGAGAAGGAGGAUGGUUCCAUACGGAUCUGCCAGCACGAGAGGAACUUUGUUGCAGGCAAGAGCAUUGUGGAGAAUAUCAUAGACUGCAUUGAGAAAAGUUACAAGUCCAUCUUUGUGUUGUCUCCUUACUUUGUGCAGAGCGAAUGGUGUCAUUAUGAGCUCUACUUUGCCCAUCACAAGUUAUUCAGUGAAAAUGCCGACAGUUUAAUCCUGAUUGUGCUGGAAUCAAUCCCUGCAUACAUCAUUCCUGCCAGGUACCACAAACUGAAAGCUCUCAUGGCCAAGAGAACGUACUUGGAGUGGCCAAAGGAGAAAAGCAAGCAUGGACUUUUCUGGUCUAAUCUUCGGGCAGCCAUUUACGUUAAACUGUCCAGCAACGAAGAAGAGAGAGCAUUUUCACUGAGUUAAAUUUAUAUUAAAAUAAUCAUAUGGUGAUUUCAUUAUAUCAGUAACAUUCAUGUUGUAUGGCUGAAUAUUGUAUAUGAGACUUUCAGUGUAAAUGGCUCAGAAUUACAAUACGUAUUUUUUGAAUUCAGGGAAAGUUUGA